AUGAGAUUUCAAACCCCCAAAUUCCAGUCGCUACGGGCUGGCGGACUCGUACCGAGCAGCGCAUGGUUGAAGGGCAAGUCGCCUGAGAACAUCGACAAGGAAAUCCCCCCUUGGGUGUUCAAGGAGCGAUGCGACCCCUACAAUGAUGCCGUCCUUCCGGAGGCCCCCAAGGAGCUUGUGAGCGAGCUCUCGCGCCGCUACAUUCUGCUCUUCGAGCUCAUCACCGGCUCAGAGUUCGAGUUCCCUGCCGUUGAAAUCAAGCCCGAAGACGAGCUGGUCGAGGGCGUCCGCAAGACUCUGUUGUCUCAGUAG